UAGCCCUGCCCGAUGAAUACCAAUUCGGUGGCCGGCGCUGGAAGGACGAUUGCACCUUGCUUGAACAACGCAGUGGAGAAUUACAAUGUGCCUUCUUUUUUUUUUGGCUCGUUCCAUCCAAUCACAUCCCCCAAAUUGUAGUGACUUUAUCCUCCCCUAUGAGUCAUCCAUUCAUGCCUUGGUCUGGUAAGAGAAUAUGUUUGGUCUUAUUCAGUGACAUAGUCAUGAAUUGAUCAUGGAAAUUGUAAUGUCUGUGAACAUGUCAGCAUGUUAGCUGAUAAUGAAAAUGGUGUCAAUGAAAAUCAGUGGGUGAGUUUGAAAGUAAUAACGGAAAAUAAAAUAAUUAGCCAGUCCACCCUGACCUUAUCUCUAACUGUGUGUGUGUGUGUGAUGGUAGUGGGGGUGGUCUGACUUGGUGACAUCACGAUCAGGGAGGAUCCAAAUGACCAGGAAAGUCAAUUAGAGUUAAACUGAGUUUACCAGCUGGACUCUCGGUAUAGCAUAAGAGAGAGGGAGAGGGAGAGGGAGAGAGAGGAAAAAGGGGAGGAGAGACAAAGAGAAUGAGAGACAGAGAAAGAGAGGAAGGGAGACACAUUUAGGAAGCUGAGGACAAGAGGGCAUUUUUGUUGUUGUUGCCGGUUACAGAACUCUCCAGACAUAUUUUUCUUGUGCAGGUCCAUACAGUAGCUAUAUUGCACGUCUAUCUAUCUCUCUGUGUCUGAGCAGAGGUGGAAGUGUCGGCGACAGAGAGAGGGAGUUGCCUGUUUGAAGAGGUCAGGCAGGCAGGGGAAAGCCGGUGGAUAUGUUUUAAGAGGCCGCUUAUCUGAAACUGACAACAGGAUGAGAGGGUGAGUGAGAGGGGAGAGCCCAGCAGUACAGGGGGAGAACCAUGGAGAGUACAGCAUCCUCAUCCACAGUCCACUCACAGAGGAGACACAGACACAGGCUAACCUAAGGGAGACAAACAGAGAUAGAGAAAGAGGGGGAAGGAAAGAGAGAGGAAGAGAGGUAAAGAGUUUACUUUGUCCAUUCUGUCCAACGGAGAGGGAGCGAGAGACGAUGGUUCUUAACACUGGAGCUCUAGGAUAAACCAUGGACUCUGCACACCUCCUACCACGCCUGGACAUCCACCAUGUUCGCUGCUAAACUCUUGGUCCUGAUGGUCCUGCUGCUACCUCAAGCCUCGCCUGGGUGCCAGGGCUUUGCCACCGAGCCCGAUGGCAGUGAGCCGUCGUUGCCACCGUCAUUACCCACCCCCCUGGAGCCCAGCCUGGCCCAGACAAUCCAGAACCUAUUGCUGAGCCGCCUGGGCCUGCAGUCCCACCCCAACCCCCGGCCAGGUGUGCCCAUCCCCCAGUACAUACUGGACCUCUAUCGCUUCCACGCCCAGCAGUAUCACCUAGUCCAGGAUCCACACUUCAGCUACCCCAGCCAGCAUGUCCAGGAGGCCAACACCGUACGCAGCUUCCACCACACAGAGUCUACCAGCCCCUCACUCCCCCUUGAAAAGAGGCUGACCACCGCGAGUAACAACAAGGUCCCCAUCUCCUUCAACGUGUCCUCCAUCCCCCAGGAUGAGCGUGUGGUUUCUGCCGAGCUUCGUUUCUUCCGGGGUGGUGGGGCUAGCCUAGGCCCUGGGGCCCACAAGGUCAGCCUGUUCCUCGAUGGAGGCACUGGGGACUCUGAGCCCACUCUGCUGGAGUCACGGCUCCUCACAGGGGCCCCCAGAACCAGGCCAGCUGACUCCUGGGAGGCCUUCAGCCUCAGCACUGAACUCUUCGUAGGGGCCCACGCUUGGACCGGCAGCCUGGCCUUCCUCCUGGAGGUGACCCCUCUCGGUAACACCACCCUCCUCACCCCCCCUGACCAUGAUGCUCUACCACUCUCCACUGGGGAGGAAGGGCGCAGAGAGGGACACUUGAGGGUGCGCAGGUCUCUGGGACAGGAUGAGCACAGCUGGGCACGGGAGAGACCCCUGCUGGUUACUUACAGCCAUGACGGGCACGGGGAGCCACUAGCCGCCCAUGGCCGGAGAACCUCUGACACUGCCCAGAGGAUGAGGGGGAGGAAGCGGGCCAGAGAAAGGGGCAGGAGCAACAGCAGGGACCGGGAAAGGGACAGAGACCGGGACAGGGACUGGAGCGCCAGCCCUGGCUGGGGUGGUAGCUGGGACGAGGGUGGAAGGGUGAAGCGCAAUGGUGGCCGCGCAGCGAAACUGAAGCGUCUGUCCCGCGCCCGCUGCCGCCGCCACCCGCUCUACGUGGACUUCAAAGACGUGGGCUGGAACAAGUGGAUUGUGGCGCCUAGUGGCUACGACGCCUUCUUCUGCCUGGGGGAGUGCCGCUUCCCGCUCACCCACCACAUGAACUCAUCCAGCCACGCCAUGGUGCAGACGCUGGUGAACUCGGUGAACGGAGCCGUGCCGCGGGCCUGCUGCGUGCCCACCGCCCUCAGCCCCAUCGCCAUGCUCUACCUGGACCCGCAGGACCGCGUGGUGCUCAAAAACUACCAGGACAUGGUGGUGGAGGGCUGUGGAUGCCGGUAAUGGGAAACAAAAGAGAGGGAGGGAGGAGAGCGAGGGAAGGAGAGACUGAUGAGGUAGGGAAAGAGAGCAAGGACAGAACCCAGCCCAGCAGGACCAUGUGAGACAAGAGUACCUGGACCUUCUGGUGGUGGGAUGGAUGGGGGGGGGGGGGGGGGGGGGGGGGGGGGGGGGGCAGGAGAGAUGGAUGAGGGAGGGAAGAGACAGGAAUGUAGAACCCAAUCCAGCAGGACCAAGUGGUUUCUAAGAAGUAUAGGUGUUGGAGGGCCACAGCUGUCAGUAGUGGAAAUAAAGAGAGGAUAGGGAGAGAGAGAGAGGAAAAACCAGAGACAGAGGAGCCCCCUCAGAACACAGUGCAGUGCUUCAGAACUACCGCAUAGUGAGAGAGAGAGAAACACGAAGCAGUCUCCCACAUCCCAGUAGGGGUAGAGGAUGCUGCUGACAGAAGAAGAGAGGAACGACAGCCAGGAGUAAAGGAGAGAAUCCUCCCAUUAGCCCCACCUUUUCUCUGUCUAUAGAACUCCUGAGCUUGUUCAAUGCUCACUCGCCAGCCCUCUACGUGUCUGUAAUGUGUCUGUAUCUGUGUCUUUCCGUGCUCAGUGUGUCGCUCACAUCCUCAUUGCAACAUCAAUCUGUGAAGGAGAUGCACUCGACCAGUGGAGUCGAAGACCAAGGGGACUGGCAAGAGAUGUAGAUAUCAGUGCCAGAUUAUACUAUCUAAUACGGUGGACAUAUUAUCAAGAGUGACGUAUAGUGCAGAGAAAGCUGUCACGUGGCCCAUAUGAGGAGGAUGGAAACGUAUAACCUUUGCAUCAGUGACACCAUCCUUAAACUAACUCAUCUAACAUAUCUGGGCCAAUGGACAGCUACCGAUCUCUCAUCAAGAGAGACAUUGACGGAGUCAUAGACUGUAUAGAUGUGGACUUCACAGACAGACAAAUUGUCCGCGCCAAGCAUCCCGUCAUGAGAUAUUUAAAACCGCAACAAUAAUACGGAGGAAUUAUUAUGCUAUUGUUUGAAUGUACUACCAUCAUUAUUAUUUAAAAGCUACAUUUUUUUUUUGUACAUUUCCUUUGCAGAGAUUAAGAAAAAAAUCUGAAAACUGUUGUCAUCAAAGUAAUUCCAUUACAUCUAACUUAAAAGUCACAUUUAGGUAUUUAAAUAGCAACCACAUAUUGUGUAUUUAACCUUGAAAAUAUUUCAGAUAUCUGCUCUCUAAAAAGCCACAUUCACAGUACCGUAAUACAUCUAAAGCUGGAGCCUGCAGUCCUUAUAGUAGCUUUGGUACAGCAAGUUAUGGUGGCUUUUGGUGUCCUACACAUAAUGGAGCAGUCAAAAGCUCGAGAAAUACCACAUAUCAAGGCUCUGUGUAUUGCAAUCCACUGAAUCGCGUAACAACAACACAAUGUCAUCCUCACCACAGGUGUAUUUUCUAGCAGAGUGCAUGUUUUAAAAAAAAAUGAAAAAUGGCUAAUGUUAAAGCAGUUGAUUUCCAGUGCCUUUCGGGGGUUUUGCAGGUGUUUUUGAGUAUUUUGAGUAUCUUUCCAGUCAUUUGCUUUUCCCUCUAUUUAAAUGGAAGCAUUUAAACAACAGUCUGUAAAAUGUUUGACAUUGUCUGAAGACGUGGUGAUACCUGUAAUAAAACAGAGACAAAGCAA